AAUACCAAAACCAUCACAACAACAACAACCAAAAAAAAAAAAAAAAGAGGCUCCAUGGGACUAGAGGUGAUUGAUGAGGCCUUUGUACAAGCCCCUGAGCACAGGCCAAAGCUUACCAUAACCGAAGCUGAAGGCAUACCAUUGAUUGACCUCUCCGGAGGCCUAACUGACGAUGAGCUAGUGACAGAGAUAGGCAAGGCGUGCAAGCAAUGGGGGUUCUUCCAGGUUGUCAACCACGGCGUGCCUGCGGAGAAGCGGAGAAGAAUCGAGGCGGCUGCGAGGGAGUUCUUCGCGCUGUUGUCGGAGGAGAAGAAGAAGGUGAGGAGAAACGAGGUGAGGGUGUUGGGAUACUAUGACACUGAGCACACCAAGAACGUGAGGGACUGGAAGGAGGUCUUUGAUUUUAGCGUGGAGGAUCCCGUUCUUGUCCCCCGGAAUGAUGGUGACGGAGUCCAAAAGUGGUUUAAUCAAUGGCCUGAUAAACCUGCUGACUUGAGGGAGGCAUGCGAAGAAUAUGUGAAAGAGGUGCAAAAACUGUGUGAAAAGUUGAUGGGACUUAUUGCCCUGAGCUUAGGAUUACCAGCAAAUAGGUUUAAUGGGUUCUUCAUAGACCAAACCAGCUUUGUCAGACUUAAUCACUACCCACCAUGCCCCAUCCCUCACCUAGCUCUUGGCGUUGGCCGGCAUAAAGAUGCCGGUGCCUUGACCGUCCUUGCUCAAGAUGAUGUUGGAGGCCUUGAAGUGAAGCGCAAAACUGAUGGAGAGUGGAUUAGGGUCAAACCUACACCAAAUGCAUUUAUCAUUAAUGUUGGUGACAUAAUUCAGGUUUGGAGUAAUGAAAGAUAUGAGAGCGUGGAGCACAGAGUUAUGGUCAACUCAGAAAGGGAAAGGUUUUCCAUUCCUUUCUUCCUCAACCCAGCACACUACACAAUGGUCAAGCCCUUAGAGGAGCUGACAGAUGAGCAGAAUCCUGCAAAAUAUAGAGCAUACAACUGGGGCAAAUUCUUCACCACCCGAAAGGGCAGUAAUUUCAGGAAACUCAACGUUGAAAAUAUCCAAAUUCAUCAUUUCCGGGUGUCUGAAUAAGCUGAAAAAAUCGGUCUUUCUGCUUACUAUCAACCAAUGCUCAUCUUAUCUAUAUAUGUCAGUACCUGUAAAUACCAUGUUGUUAUUAUGAGUAGCAGACUUCGGAAACAUGCUGUUGUCUAGAUCUAAAUUCAGUGUUGAGUCUGUUGACUGUCAUGAAUACAGAAUAAUCGUCUGCUCCAAGCAAAAUUAGUCAUGUAAAUGAGAUUUCUAUAUAUAUAUAUAUAUAUAAUAAUGGGAAAUGGCAAGAUAAAUAUAAUAA